UAUGCUGCAAAUAUACAUAGUUACUACAAAAACAAAAAAACCAAAAACACAAAAAUAGCAAGCAUAAUACCCUAUUAAGCAUAAAGCUUCAGCAACAGGAAAAGUACUAUAAUUCGAAUCAAACAAUAAGCGACGUGGCUGACGGGCUAUACGCAACAUGGAAGACUUAUUCUUGUUGAUAAUCAAGGAGUCGACAGGGACGAAGCACAAUGCACUGAGGCAAACUGCGCAAAUCGCCUACGAUAAAUUAUAUCGCCAGCAUGGCAUUCAUCGGGAUCCAGCACAUGAGCUCCGUUCUGUAUGUUUCACUGCACUACAAAUGGCCUUAGACACGAAACGCCCAAAGUUCAUUACAAUGGGCCUCAACGGACUUCAUCGCAUUAUCAAGGAUGAACGUUUUUACAUCGGCCUAGAACCGGAGGAUGACUCAGUGUGGUUGCCCGCUCAGUUGUUGCGCGCCACAAAUGGGAUUUUACCCACAACUAGCAGUGAAGAGACCGUAAUCAAUGUUUUACGCUUGUUUUUGGCUAUGGCUUGUUCCCCUGCGUGCACUUUAAAUGGCCGGCUUCUCAUCGAGACACUUUCACGCUGUGGCGAGUGUUGGGAAUUGGGCUCACGUGCCACCAAAGCCGCCUCACUGGCAGCAGCAUCACAAUGCUUGCGCACUUUUUGCGCCUUUCUUAUAGAAGAAGCAGAAGAGGUGAAGAAGACUGCACCGCCUGGUCUAAUGACACAGACACAGGCAUCGGCAGUGUACAAUGAAGUGAUUCCGGUAAUGCAGUGGCUAUGCAGUCGUUUAGUAGAGCCGGCGGCGAAUGGUUCACCCAACAAAAAGCCUGAGAAUAAUUGCUCGCUUUAUUUAACAGAAUGCAUUUUAACACUGACUUCGGCUUUGCCACGAAAUGUCCAUGCAAAUCCACAUUUCACAUCAUUCUUGUGGCAGAAAUUUUGUCCUACUCUGGCAGCAGCAUUGGGAUCGCCAGGUCGCAUUAAUUUGGAUAAAAAAUUCACUUAUAAAGAUGCGCUGAAUAUGAUUGAAAACGAAGCUCGUGGCUUUUUUACUGGCCCUGGCCUAGAUGGUCCACAAGCUCGCUGCGUGUACUUGACUGGAAUCCAAUUGCUGCGAAUUGCAGGAGCAUAUGGCUCGUUGCGGCCUAUGCUGGAGGCACUUUUUCAUCGCAUGCUUUUGCUGCCAACACCGCAAAAUCGUACUGAGCCAUUAAAAUGUGUUCGAGAAAUUCUGAAGAGUCCAGAGCGUUUGAUCGAUCUAGCGGUUAUUCUUUACGUUGAUAAAAAUACUGGCCAAGGUUGCAGUGAUGAAAUGGCACUAUUUCGACUUAUGAUCGAUGCAAUGGAAGAAUGCGCUUACGGCAUUAGUGCAGGUGCCGGAGUUGAGGCAGGCCUUCAGGCCAGCGUGGAGUGCAUGGUGGCACUACUGGAUAGUUUGCAAAUUCUUUGCAGCGGCGAACUAACUGAAUCAAUGAUUAGCGAUCAGAUUGUGAGCACCGUCAACAGUCGUCACGAAACAUUAAAGGAUGCCGAUUACACGGGCCCAUUAACUUAUCAAUCAAUGGCGCGGCUGCCUGCUCCUUAUCGCGAUGCGAUUGUAGAGUUUCGUCAAAGCGUUUUUGAAACCUCUUCAGGUUCGGACAGUGAUGGCGAUCAUCCAGAACACGAUGCAGCUUCAAAUGGUUCAGGUGAUACAGAGGGGCCUGAAGAGGAGGAGCAAUCAACAUCGAGUGAUGAAACGUCACGUGUAGAAAACCGAUGGCCCUACACCCACCUUGAGGCCCCAGUCAUACCAGUACGCACCGAUAUUGACAAUGAUCGACAACAUGCCCGAGAUUUUGCAAAGGCAUUGCGAAAAGAUUUGGUACCGAAGCUUUUACGUAUACGCUCCUGCAUUGAGGUAGAUGAGGCCAUGCAAGAAUUCGCCUCAGUCGUAUGCCAAGAAAACACAAUGAACUUCUCCGAUUUCGAUUAUCACCUUACGGCCAUCAAUGCUGACGGCAUUUACUUGGCGAUUUAUUCAUCGUUACUGCUCAGUCUGCAACUUACAAAGGCUGGAUACUAUGAAGACAUGCAGAAAGAGAUAUUAAUUCCUAUGUCGGAACAGCAGUUCGUUACAUCUGUCCAGAACACUGGUGUUUUAGUGUACCUUUCAUCUCCUUGGCUCUGUGAAUUAUAUCAGUCAAUAUUGGUUUCGAAUGGCUUAGAAGCGAUGAGCAGGGAGGAACUGGAAGGUACCAAUUCACGAAGUGCCCUGGUGGAUAUGCUUUGUGACGCAGGUGGCUUGGGACCCACCCAGAUGCUUUCUGAGUGGCAACGGUUACAGAUGGCAAAUAUAAAGUACACCGACGAACGGGACAACAAACGACGCGAGGCUGCAAAGAAACUUUGCCGGCGACUUUUGACUUGCUGCUGGGAUUCGAUGGUUAUAGUUUUGAGCUCAGGUCUAGGUGAUUUAUCGUGUAGUAACUCAAAUAAAUUGAUGGCCUUGUCUAAACGUACACUACGUGUCAAGACAAAAACAAACAAAACAAAUGGAGAGGCAUUAUAUGCGAUGUGUCUGGACGGUCUGCAUGCGGCGGCUACUUUAAGCAACAGCUUGAAUCUACAGCACUUAGCUGGAAAAAUUUUAAGCCUUUUGGCAUCAAAUGUGUGUCAGACAAACGGGCCGAGAAUUUCUGCUAGCCAAGCAAUGUCCAUGGAUGUGGUUUUAAAUGGAGGCUUAAAUUUAGGUUCUUAUAGUUCGGAUUGUUGGCAGUCAGUGUUUGCUGUGUGUCGUCAUGUCAGCCAGCUGGAACACGAAAUUUUCAGUUUACAAAAUUCAUCGAUUGGAACGUCGCCGGGUACUGGUCGUCGAGAUAUGGAAACCGGUGAAAAGCUAAGCAAUACAACUCAAAAUGAUAAGCUCAACUUGUCAUCACUUCCUAUAGAUGACGACGAAACCUGCGUUGACGUCUACAGUUUCCUUCAAGCACCUCUACAGAGCCCUAAUACUAAUAUCACAUCAAUACUGAAGGUUUAUUCUGGCACUAAUGAAACUGUGCUAUUAAGUCAGAGUGACACCUCAAAAGUACUCUGCGCUUUAUCGCACCAGGCUGAAAAUCUCUUCUCGGAUGCUGCUGAGCGUUUAAGUCUCCCGUCGCUGUGCCAGUUUCUGAAAAACCUUUGUAAAGCAUCUCGCGAACAGCUCUAUAAAAAUACAGUUACACGCAAAGGCAGCCGCAUUUGGUGGCCAAGCAAGGGUUGGAAGAAACUCGACACUCUACCCAUGUCGCUUUUAUUGCACCGCAUCGGAGAUGUUACCUUGAAGGUAUUUAAAAGUUCCAGACCGCUUUUGCAUAUACUAAAGGUAUGGGCUAUCACUGGACCUCAUCUAAUGGACGCUUCUUGCCAUAGAGAUCGUGUUAUAUCCAAAAGAGCCAUAGAGUACAUUCAUGACGUAAUUACAGCACUCUUGGUAGAGCAAUCAGAGUUGCCACAUUUCCAUUUUAAUGAGGCGCUACUGAAACCAUUCGAAAAUCUUUUGAGCAUGGACACGUGCGACGUUGAUGUGCAGGAUCAAAUUGUUGCCUGCUUGUACGAAAUAGUGGAAGCACAUCGGACGGAAAUUCGGUCGGGUUGGCGCCCGCUUUUUGGAACAUUACGCAAUGCUCGGAGCCGAAUGCUUAAUAUGAGUAAUAUUAUCGACAUAUUCAGAGUCUUCCUUGAUUCGGAUAAUACACUGGUAUUUGCUAAUGCUGGUUUGGAUUGUAUACUCUGCUUAUUGUCUUACCUCGAGAUAUCAGGCGGUGGUGGGCAAAAUAGCAAUACAUGCGGCGAAGAAGAAAAUAACUUCCGACCGACAGAAUUUUUACAUGAAACUCUGCGUUUCCUUGAACGCUGCUCAUCCAUUUUAGGAUUUAUGUUCAACAUGCCGAAGUGUCCCAACUUUCAUUCCACAUACAAAAUUAAGGGUAUUUCCUAUACCCACAUAAUCGAUGCAAAUAUUCCAAACUCAAUGGAGAACUUCACAUACUUCGGUAAUGAUUACUUACAAACGAAAAAUGAACAGCACAUGAUAUCGUAUAGAUCGCUGCACAUUGACAAGGAUACAAUCGUGAAGAUCGAUGAAAUGGAUAAACCGUCAGGGGUGUUAAAAGUUUGGUUCCUUCUGCUAGAUGGCCUUACAAAUUCACUUAUUGUGUGUCCUUAUUCACAUCAAGCGCCAAUUCUUCAAACAAUUUUUAAACUCUUUAAAAAUUUGCUAUGCAGUCCCGGCAUCGAUUUCGGAUUUUACUGUAUAAAUCACCUGUUGAUACCGAUGAUUCAGGACUGGCUACGUUAUAUAAAUAAAACUGGUGCUCCAUGGCCCUUAAUUGAGAAAAACUUCAAGCACUGUUGCUGCAUGACCACCGAUUUGGUGGUGGAAUUCAUUGAGAAGUCAGUAACAGAUACCAGAAGGCAGUGUGUGCUAAAAACGCGUGUAACCCAAAUCGUGCACACACCUCCUAACCUUAACUCGGGCAGCACUUCCAGAAACAUUAACUCUGAAAACUCUCUGUAUUCUAAAUUGAAGUUCGUCACCGAGCGGAUUGACGAUAAUGAAAACACUCAGCACCAUAAUCAAUACGACAGUUCGUCGUCGAGCGAGGAAAGCGGCACCAACAUUAUUGAUUCGCCAACGAAAAUAUCAGGAUCAGCUACGUUGGCACUGAAACAACUACUGCUUGUAUUAAUAGAGUGCGCUGCCCAAGCACAGGAAUCAGUGGCACGAGUGGGCGUAUCAUGCCUGAAGCAUGUCAUUUUAUCCACUGGCAUGCUCUUUAAUGAAUCACAAUGGAUGAUUGCCUGUUCGGCCAUACACCGCGCCUGUACUGUGACCAUCGCACCCUUGCGCCAAUUGUCCUUUGCCUUCCAUGAGAAGUCGAAUAGUUUUUAUGGAGACUGUGCUAAUGUAAAAGUAGCAGCUCGCCGCGAUAGUACUAUGGAUGAGUUAACUCGCAUUUACUCAUUGGCGCAACAGGUGUUUCUCUCCGAUAAUCAAAGAGAGCCGGCCGCGAAGAUAUCCAGCCACUUGGACAAACAUUUGACAGAUGAACGAAGUUACUCAUUUCUUUUGUAUCCAUUAAACAAUGGUUUUAAUUCGAAUCUAGACAAUUUUGUGAUUCGUAUACCUUUCAAAAAUUUGGUUGUUGGCUUAUUGGCAAACCAGAUGCUUUUACAGCUAGUUGCGAAACUUUUACUAUCCCGCUUAAAGUGUGUACCUCAGGCGGUGUCAACGUGCAUCUUCGACAAUUAUGCAACAUCAGCUUCAAGUCACGAUUAUGACUUGGACUUUCGCUCCAAGGAAAUUCUAUUGCGUUGCGUCAAACAGUAUUUGACGAGUUCCCUAGAAUUUGAUUCCCGCCCCGGACUCAAGUUUUUAAUGCAGAAGGUAUCCAAUAUCGAGUAUGCAGCAAAUUUAUACAAACAAAUGACGUCAUCUUGGAUGAUCUACUAUAUUGCUUUAGUGGAUUCUUAUUUAAAUGACAUUGUAGUUUAUAAUCUGGGCCCGGAAGAUUUGAACUUUAUAUUGGAGUCCUGCUCCCGCCUAAAUACAACCACCGUUAAAAAGAAGGAAAAUUUUGUGCGAUAUUUGUUCUGUCUACAGGACGCUUGGAAUCUUGUGUGCGAGCUAUAUUUAAAUAACUCAGCAAUGCAUGAAAUUGAGAAUGGAAAACUGCGUUCUGGAGAAGGCGGAGAUAAGCGCAGUUCGCAGCAAAAACUGAUAAGCGCCAAACCAAUGCGCAUAUCCAUCAACAGCAAUAGCGACAAUGUCAGCACGUCCAGCCACUCAGAAACGACGGACUCCUCGCCCAAUAAGUGUAUUCAACUCGAGGAGGAGAAUGUUACGAUGACAACACUGAUCAGUGAGUUCCAACCAAAAAGUCGCAAUAAUCCUUUCGAUACGAACCGUCCGCAGAAGUGCGAAUCUGAAGCGAUUUCACCGGAAAUAGAGCAGCAGCGCGCUUCAAGCAUACUUAAGGACUCGAAUUACAAGAAAGCUGCUUUAGCUCAACUCGUUGUAGCUUCAAUGGAGCUGCUACAUUCUUUGCCCGGUGAGGCCGAAGAGAAUCUUAAACUUCUAAUGACACCAACGAUAAGGGAAGCCUUCCGGCUUGUACAGUUGCAAGGCAAUGAAUUGAAGGUUAAUCAAUUUUAGGCUAUGCUUGUUGAGUUUUAUUUUGAUUUGUAAAAGAAAGGAUUUCGUAAUCGAACUUCAUUGAGCCCGAUUCGAGCAUAGGACUGGCAAUGGAAUUGAUAUACAUACAUCGGAAUCAUAUAAGACGACUGAGCGGUACACAUGCUGUCCAUAUACAUACAUAAAUACAUAAGGCAUUAAGGGACAUACAUUUAUAUAAAUACAUGCAUAUCCAUACGUAUAUGUGUGUAUGUGUAUGUGCAUAUGUUUCUAUAUAUAUACAUACAUCCUACAAAUAUCACAUAAUUAUGUACAUGCAUAUUUGCCUACAUACAUUCGUACAUACUACAUACAUUCAUACAUAAAUUGCAUGCAUACAUAUUAACAUUCGCUCCCCGCUGAUUGGCGAUACUCGUUAUUUCUGCAGUUGUACGUAAUUUCGAAAAUACUUAAUUCAGAAACAUAUUUAACAAAAUUGACAGUAAAAAAAUUAAAAAAAAGGUUAGUAGCAUAUCGAGAAGCUUGAGGUAUGAAAACUUGUACCAACAACAAUUGACAAAUCUCGCCAAUCAGUAUAGUAGUGAUAAAAUUUAUUAAAAAAAUAUAUAAAUGCUUUAUUUUUAUAAUGGGAUAUUUGCUUUUAUGCGCUAACUACAAAACUAUGCACGUACAAAUUAAACUAUAUUUUUUAAUCUGAGAGUAAUACUUACCAAGACCUAAUCAGCCUAUCCCUAACGGUUUAUUGGAAUCCGGUUGAGAAGUACAACCACAAGAAACUUAAUCAUACCUAAAAUCCACCACGUUUGAAGCCUACAUAUAUUUGCCUAAAAGUCACUAUCUGAUAACUAAAUAUACUUAUACAUACAUAUACUACAAUAAAUAUUUAAGUAUAAGUCCACCAAACAAACUAACCAUUUCAUUUUCAUGGGAUGGCAGCAGACGGCAACACAUUUCAAAAUAAAAACUCAACACUUUGAGUUGACCAACGAAAAUACCAGCACACUCUCGUCCUACAUACAUUUAUGUAGCUCACUAAUGUGUACUCUCUUAGAGAAGAUUUUGGGGAAAUUAAUUCAAGGGAUAAUCACAAAACAUAUCCAUGCAAGCAUGUGUACAUGUGAAUGCUAAAGCAAAUGUAAAGUAUGCAGAAUUUAAAAAUGCAACAGUUUCGGCGAUUGCCCAUAGAAACAACAACGCUUAGGCUGCAUUGGAGCUGAGAAAUUUUCCAUGGUAGGAAAUGAAGUAGGAAACCGAACUGAAAUAAAAUAUUAUACAUAUAUCGUUGUCAAAAUACACAAAGGCGAAAGGGUUAGAAAAACUUAAACAAAAGUAAUUUUGUAUUCGAUUCUAUUCGUAUUAGCUACAAAAACGAAUUUUUUUUGCUUUAAUACUCUAAUUGGUUAUGUAGAAGAGCGUUUUAGUGCAGAUUACCAUAAUAAGUAAAAAAAGAGGAAUUUGGAAAAAAUGCUGGUUAGAGCCUUUGUGCUUUUUGGUAACCAUAUGUAAAUAUUUCAUUCACAUGUACAAGCGUACGUACAUAAUUAUUUACUUUAGGGUGACCUAUUAUUUACAAACUCUGAGGUAUUAAUCUACACAACACGAAAAGUUCUUUGCUCAAUUCCAUGACUUUUAUUGACGCUUUCUUAAUACUUUGAAAAGAUUGUACUAAAGAUGUUGGCACAGAGCCAAACCCUCUUAGCCGUUUUUUGAAGUUUUUUAAUAUUAGAAAUGAGAAAUAAAACCCCAGACUUAAAAAUAUUUACUAUUUUUAUUAUAAAUAUUGCAAUACAUGCAAUAUCUUCGUCUUGCCGCAGUCCAGUGUGCUUGUUGGACUACAUUAAAGAGCUCCAAUACCACAAAUAGAUGGAUAAGCUUCGCCUAAGAGACUUUCAAUGAACAUUAUUAUUGUUAUUAUUAUUAUUACUUUGCUAUUAUUUACGUGAUAAUAUGAUGAUGAUUAUUAUUAUUAUUAUCGAAAUUAAAUAUUUUUAAAUUAAAGUAAGAAGUUUAUUCCACCAAUUUUUCCACGAAUUUCUACUAAAUAUACUCACCCAUUUUUUGACGUCGGCUUUAUACCGACAAAGAGCGAAAUUUAGAUCUCAUUCCAAUUACAUUUUUUGCAAAAUCUAUUCUAAUGAAAGAUUUGUUUGGGGUAAAAAAAUAAAGUCUCAAUUACUUAAAGAAUAGCUUUCUUCUAAGAAAGCCAGGUCACUCUAAUGGAAAUACUUAUGCUUUAAAUGUCAUAGAACCCAGCAAAAUGUAAAACUUCAGAACAGUUGACAAGUUUUGAUACGAAUUCAAAUAGGUAUUCCACUACACCACACACAAUACAUACUCGAAGAGAAGCACAACUUUUGAAACUCAUUGUAUCGUACUUUGUUUUUUUUUUUUUUUUUAAUAAAUAUGAAAUAGUACAUAGUUGUAUACACAUUUAUCUGAGUAGUAGACCUUUGAGGUGCAUAUAAGUUCAGAACAGAAUUUCCCUCCAACUCUGUAACGCAGGGAAUCUACAAGUGAAGUCAAAUGAGUAUAGAAAUUUGUUGAUGGGGUACAUAUGUUUAUAGAUCUAUAGUAAAAAACGUACAUGGUAAUAUAAAUAAAAUAUGAUGAAUAAGCAUGAACCGUGUGCGCGCCUAACGCUAAGUAUAAAUGCUAAAUACAUACAUAUAUAAAUUUAUAAAACUAUUAUAAUGUACAUAAACACAUCAUAAUCGUAUAUUAAAAAUUAUAUUCUAGUUUAAGCAUUAUUGCCUACAUUACAAUACAUAAACAGUUUAUUUAAAAAGGUGCAAUGAACCCACGUUGCAUAGACGUACAUACAUACAUAUACAAUGUAUAAGAUAUGGAAGUUGCCUUCGUACACACUACGUAUACAAAUACAUGUGUGCAGAAAGGUAAGUAAUUUUAGUGAGAUAAGGCACGCGAAACAUAAUUUCCUUUUUUAGUUAUAUUUUUAAGGAAAUUUAUGGUAAUAGUAUUAAUUAGAUUUACUGAUAUACACACAAGCAAAGGAAAAGGGAAAAAGGGAAAUUUUAAAAGCGACCGUGACAUUUUUUUAUUAAUUAACAGGGAACUGUUUUACACACAAAAACCAUUUUUUUUAUUCUCUUUACGUUUCAAAUAUGUUUACCGUUUUAUAUAACAAAAACUAAGCUUAUACACGUACGGGCAUCCUUAUGCCAUAUAUAAGUAUAAUCAAAUAUAAAGAAAAUAAAUAUUAGUUAAGGUCUUUCGGUAUUUCAUUAGUGACAUGUUUUUUGUCAUAGAUUACUUACACGCGAGUAACUUACAUAUGUAUGUAUACAACUGUAAUUUUAUUUACAAAUUGGCUUCAACUAAAAAUUACCGCUUUUAAAGCGAGCAUUUUCUAAGCAAACUUACGCUCAUACACAUAAAUGCAAACACCUACUUGUAAUAAAAAAUAAAAUGACAGUGUGAAAGCUGCUCAGCUUUUAAAUAUAAUAUUUUUUAUGAAAUGAGUUUGUAUGUAUGUGCAUGCGAGAACUUUGCUUUUAUUUUAUUUUCAUAGGCAAUAAUUCGCCGCGGAGAGAGAGGUGGAUAUAAAUACAAAACACUCCUUUUCUUCUCCAAAUAUGUAGGUUUUGUUGUAGAGAGGCACGAAGUAUUUGUACUUACAUGAAGAACUUUCGCUGUUUGCACAUUUUUUUUAUAAUAAUAAAUAAUAUUAUAUACCUAUCUGGAAGAAUACCAGUUCUUCAAGUUUAUAAAAUGGGACAAUAUGCAUAUCUGUAGAAAAAUAUGCGUCAUAUAUGUAUGUAUGUAUGAAAGCAACGAAGGGUGUGUUGGUGUGCUAUUGUGUGUUUAACUUUCGUACUUUUUUAUUCUAAAAUACAAUAAAUUAUCUACACUUUUACAAAGUAAUUAAAAUAUUAUAUUUUCGCUUUGAAAACUAAGCAUAAAAAAGUUUAUAUACAUACAUACUUACUUUGUUGUAAACAAACUAACAAAAAUUUAAAUGCAAAUGGAUAAUUAUAAAAUCAAUAAAAAAGCGCUU